CGCGCAUCGAAGGCACUCUCAACUGGUGACCUCCGUAUCGUUUCCUAGUGCUAGUGUUGUGUUUAUUAGUUCCAUGACGAUAAAGAGACGACAAGAAGCACGUUAACCGAUCUCUAAAGGUUAUUCGUGUAAACUGAUGUCAUGAGAACAACGUGUCUUGUGAUUUUAACUAAGUGAUAAUGUGAUUGUAUUCUUGGCCGAUUAUACUUGUGCGUGUGUUGUGAAAUGAAGAGUGAAGUAUCGUGACUCUGGUUAGCACGUGGAAAUGAAAAGAGAAAAGUACAAGAAAUCUUUUUUAGGAUUCCGGCUGGGUGAGCGAUGAAGGGGUGGUUUGACGCUUUCCGCGAGGAAGGCGGGCCGACCCUGUACGCUUAUCACAACCGCACAGCCGUCGCAGCCGACGUACCGGCGCUUGCGCUGCUCGUCGCCGCACUCACACUUUACCUCGCAUUUUUGGCGGUCUUCCCCGGAAUCAGGAAGGAGAGAUUUUCUACAUUUACGAUCGUCACCCUUAGUUUAUUCGUGGGGACUGUAAUUUUAGUAUGUAAGCAUGGAUCGUCGUGGCAUAUAGCAGGAUCGAGAGUAUCUCGCGCCGCAUACCGAGCCUUUUCCGCCGAGCGAUUAGACUGCUGGCUCGCCGUGCACGUCGGCUUGGGUCAUGUCAAUGUUUCGCUCACAGCAUUAUCGUGGGGCAACGUAUCUAGAGGUGAUCCUGGCGUUGACUAUAAUGAGCAGUUUCGAUGGGAAGAAUCUGGAGCCAUACAAGAAUGGUACCGCGCUGGACUUUUACGAGGUCUACCAUAUCCCGUAUUGUCUGUCGCAGAACACUUCGCAGCUGAGCACGAAGGCUUUGACUGGGGUGCUAAGUAUCGAGCAGCUGGAUACACAACAACAACAUUGCUAUGGACGGCGCUGGCACUAUGGCUGUUGAUGAACCUUUUAUUGGUCGUGGUUCCACGCUAUGGAGCAUAUGCUAUGGCCUCACUUGGUGUUACGCUGUGUGCAGCAGCGGGAGGCUAUUGGGCCUCAUUACCGAAUGUACCUCUAGUAGUAAGAAUUGAUGGAGCCAUGCUGUUUUUUUCCUUGGGCUGGUGUUUCUGGCUAGUCUUAAUUGCAGGUGGCAUUUGUAUAGUAGUGGGGCUAUUAAUAGCGGCUUUGGACCUCGUGUGGCCACAUCGCUUCUCCACUGUUUUGGAAGUUGACUACGACACGCCAUAUGACAGACACGUGCUCAUCGUAGACAGUCGACAACGAGCACGGCCGCAGACCCAGAGUUCAUUGCCUUCUAGAAUACUUAGAAGACUGUCAUCAAAAACUCGCGAUCCAGAGCGCCAGGUAUCGAUGUCCAUAGUAAAUGAAAGUGGAGGUCGAGAUAAUCCGGCUUAUCAACAUGAACAGCGAAAGCCUAAUUCACCGUGGAGGUACCCGCUGUUUAGGCGACAAAUAGAUCGUGUCGAUUCGGCAUCGAGCCUUGGUUCAAGCAUAAAUGGUAACGGGUCCAGUAUCAAAAUGUCACCCCUAGGAAGCAGUCCACCAUCAAAUUCACUUUCAAUGUCACCACAGAGGUAUAGACCCCAGAUACCAGCUAAAGAACGCGUAAAAGAGAUGUGGUGAGCGACGAAAUAAAAAUAUAUUGGUAUUAUAUCCAUCAAAUCUUCUUUAUAUACAGAAAGGACUGUGAAAAAAGAAAUCGCAAGCGUAUUGUGUUUGAAUAAUAGUAUUAUUUUGAAUAUAAAAAAUAAUAAUAGGAUAUAUCUUAAAUACUUAUCUAUAUAAGGGACGUGUAAAUAUGUACCUAUAUUCGUAUUAAGCAAAUUAACUUAUAAGCAAACUGUCCGUCCAGUGUCAUGAUAAAGUUAAUGUCUAAAGUCUUGUACCUCGUUUCAUUAUCUUUGUAUAGUUUUAUAGAUUUAAGUCUACGAUUAUAUCGACACAAGUGAAUGCUUUGUGCCAUUUGUAAAUAUAACGAUGACGUUAAAAAUCACAACUAGUAUGAAAAUAUAAUAAAUAUCAUUAAUAGUUACAAAUAUGAUGUAAUUUUAGAUUAUUGUUAAGUAUACGGUGUACAGGACUAUAGGAAAGAGGUAAAAACUCGUUUCAAAAUUGAGAUAAAUGUGAAUCUAUGACACAAUUCGUUUUGAAAUGUAUUGAAGAACAUAAGCGUAGAAUUUCGUCCAAUUAUUUUUUUUAUAUCUGAGUACGAUUCGACCUACCUUAUGCAUCUAGAAUACUUUCAAAUAUUAAACAAUUUUCAUAGAAACAAAACUAAAAAAAACUAUUACCAACAAAAAUAGUUUUGUUUACGUAAUAAUGUCGACAUUGUUUUUUUCCUAAAACAGGAACAAAAAUGCAGUCUGUUUAUCAUGGAAAGGAGUCAUUUAGUGAUAUAAUUAAUUUUAAGUUAUUUAUUUUGUAAAAGUUGCCAAGCAUAGUAGCCAGCCAUUUCUCUUGUACGCCACAAUCGAAAAAUUGACAUUAAGAAUAUUUCUUUCAUUAUACUUUUUCAAUGUUGUGAAAAUGUGUUUGCAAUAGUGAUAACGUAUUUAAACAUUUUGUUUGUAAUUAGCUGUAAAAAGUGAGAAUACGUAGAAAAAUAUUUAUUGUGAUCAUAAAUAUACCAAUUUAAAAAUGUA